AUGGCUCAUCCUUCUGGCAGCCAGGGCUUGGCGCAGAACGUGGCGCCACGAGUAUCCCUGGAGUCAUCUUCAUCCUCGUCUAUGUCUUCAUGGGUUCUCCAUCUUCAGCGCGCCAUCCAGGCUGACCUGAGCGAUUCUGCCGAGUCUGCCGGCCAAAAGAACGCGCUCAAUGAAGGUCCUGACAAUGAUGAGCUCGACGAGAAUGAAUCUGAUCUCGAGCGGCCUGUGUCAGCAGGCGAGCAAGGCCAGCAGCAGAAGAUCGCCUGCGACCCAUGCUUGUUCUUUUUCAGCAAGCGAGGCUGCAGGAAUGGCUCAGCAUGCAAGUACUGUCACUUGGACCAUGUUCAUAGCCAUCGUCCUGCGCAGAGGCCUCGCAAACAAACACGUGACCGCUACAAACGACACAUUCUUCAACUUGUUCAAGACCAGGAUGAUCUCGAACACAUUCAAGACGAGCUGCAGGAGGUAUCGCGCAAGAAACCCUAUAUGCGCAACUUUUUGCAGGGCUAUUUGGAAGGAAGAGCGUCCAGCGCCGUCAAUGUCGCCUCGCCCGCGCAGCCCAAGUCAAUGCCGCGUCUGCCGGGGAUUCAGACGAAUGCGCCCGACGACCAAAGUUGCUCUUCCUGCAGUGCUCCCUCGCCAAGUAUUCCAGGAUUGCCACCGUCGUCUGCAGCAUCUGCUCAGCCCGCGGACACAGGAUAUCAACCGCGGCAAGAUGCAAUUGUGCAGCGAUUCAGUUUGUGA